CCGGUUUUUUACGUUUAAUCGUAUUUUACGUGGUGUAGGUCAUGUGAGUCAUGUCAUGCUGAAUAUUUUCGACCAAACUUCUCGAUUAAAUAUAGGAUAAGUACUUAGCCAUUUCUUUCGGGAUUUUAAGGUUGAUCAUGAAGUUAAAAUUAAUCAAUAUUUUCCACACAUUUACCUCGUAAAGUGUAGCUUAACGUUGAAAACUGUAUUUAAUUAAACCAGAUAAAAGUCAGAUUUAUAUAAUCUGACAAUUUAUUUGGAAAUUAAAGAUUUUUUUUUGGUUAUUCAUGUAUAAUAUUGUAAUAAUAAAUAUAAUAAUUCUGACUAUAUACGUCCCACGUCCCACUGUUGGGCACAGGCCUCCUCUCAUGCGUGGGAGGAGUGAAUAAUAAAGCUCUUACAUUUUCGUGAAAAUCACCCUUACAGGACCCUGUAUCACAAAAAUGUACAUUUUUAUGAAAUAAAGAAUUUUGUAUUUUGUAUUUGUAAAUGUAUAAAAUCUGUUAAUAAUUUAAUAUUAAUAUUUACUUAUAGUUAUCAUCCUCAGUACAUCUCGCUCGCGUUGAUUCAUUGAUAACAAUCUUAGAUCAAGAUCAAAUAAAUAACUCUUUUUAUCUAAACAAGUGCCUCCAUAGAUUGCGUGUUUAUAACUAAUAUUUAUAACUGAUGGAAAUGACAAGAAGCAAGAAUUACGUGGACUAUAAACAACAAAAGUAAAUUGUUAAGGAAACAUGUUAUUUCUAUAGCACUUCACUCGUGGGAACCGACAGCGAGAUAACUAGCAAUCUUUGUGACCGUGACUUGAAUGAUAAAUAAAUCGUAAACCGACUAUAAAUAUACAAUACAUAAAAACAAUUAAUAAUAGUGUGGAAAUCGUGUUGUGUAAUUAAAGGUGAAAUACAUAUACAUACCUAUACAUAUUCAAAGAUAUUUGUGGAUUUAUGAGAGUUGGGAAAUCGUGUGGAACAAAAUAGGUAUAUGGAAAAGAAUACUAGUGUUCUAUGGAUAAAACAGUGAAGUGUUUGAAGCAGUGUAUUAUUUGAGAAAAACGGAAUUUGCUUAUAUUCUCCUACGAAGCUGUUUUCGUCUCAAUCACGGCGGCCGCGUCGUUCCGACGCCCGCUGGCCGCUGUUGUAUGAGAGUCACAUGGCUGAUAUGCGUGGCGGCGUUGUGCGGCGUGCUGAGCGCGCGCGCCGACGCGCCGCCGAGCGAGCUGCGAGUCACCAGCGCCGUGCUUGGCGAUGACGGCGUCGGCGCGGCGCUGAGGGAGUUGGCGGCGGCGGCGUUAGCGGCGAGAGGCGUGCGCGCCAGGGCUGUGCCGCCGCCGGAAGAAUGCCUCGCCCCGGCGUCGCGCAAAUGCCACAUAGCUGUGAACCGUCUCCUCACUAGUGGCAACCUUACCGCUGCUAUACUACCCACGCCCGCCGCUGAAGCGCCACUUGACGCCAUGGAUGGCUACGGUCUCGCCGGACUCGGCGAUGCAGCGCCGCCGGCGCGGCGAGUUUGCCUCGCGGCGGGUCCGGCCGCGCCGCGCGGGGCACGUUCCCUGCUCGACCUGGUAGAUGAAGACGUCGCCGCGCUUUAUGAGUUGACUCCGAUGGACGUCGCCAGCGUGUUCACUAAUACCUCGAAAUGGGACGGAUUAUCGUAUCCAAAUGGGACAGAAGCGAUGAAAGUAUGUACGACAGGACGCUGCGCGACGCUUCUCACUAGUACAACAACCGAAGCGAAGGAACUAGCUACCCUAGCUCACGCUUACUCACUACGCGUACGCGUAGUUCCUCUGGGCACACAUCUUUCUGCCGUUAGAUUAAAUCGCCCAUUCAUCGCCUGUGAUGCACUGAACGUACCGCCUGGCCGGGCGCUCGGCCCACCACCCUGCACUAACUCCAAAGAUAUCGCUUGCAUCUUCGAGCCAUACCGAGUACUGAAGCGUGUGAACAGACGCGCUUCUGAGCUAACGUUAAGCGCGUUACGCGUACUGACUAGGCUCAAGUUGGACGAAUACCAGUUAGCAGUACUGGGUAAGGAAGCGCGAGCACGCGGCGCGGUAGCCGCAGCAAAUGAGUUUUUAUCGAAGAAUCCACUAGCGCUCGGCGCUAGCGAAGUACGGGUGUUGGUGAUGCUGCCGGACAAAACGCCGCGUGAAUUACAACUAGAGCCACGAGCGCUAGCCGCCGCCGCCGCUCUAGCUGAGUUGGAUGAACAGAGCUCAUCAGACGCUACGCGCUUUAAAGUCGAAACUUUCGACGACGAAUGUUCAGGAUCUACGGCCUAUAAACAUCUGUCGGAUGCACUAGGUACAGGUGAAUACGGUGCGUUAUCAGCGGUAUCUGGGCCGGCUUGCGGCGCAGCGUUUGCGGAUGUGGCUAAGCAAACAAAGUCGCAUGUGAUGCCGGUGCUGGCAUAUACGCCGCAGGCUGCAGAAGGGCCGUACGUACUGCGUGCGGCAGGCGAUGCCCGCGAUGAGGCUGCCGCUCUAGGAGCCUUACUAUCAGCGCAGAGCUGGCGGCGAAUAGCCGCGCUUACUGAGCCUGGUACACGCGCGCUGCUGGACUCUGCAAGCUUGCGCGCCGACGUCGUUGUGCACACCGAGCUGCCCGACGCCGAUGUCGUGGGUGACGAUGUGGUUGCAGAAGACGCCGCCUAUGUGACAGAAACUUUUGACGACAAAACCAAACUAGAGCCAGAUUACGAGUUAAUAUCUCAGUGGGCAACUCGCGCAGCGGCAGCAGGUGCACGUAUCCUUCUAGUAUGGCCUGAAGACGCGCGCGCACUGCGCGGAGCAUUAUGUGCAGCCCGCGAAGCUAAGCUCACACCACGGGCCGGCGCGGUGUUUCUCCUCCCACCGCUAGCCCCUUCUGCCCUCAUCCGAGCCACCGCUGAUAAGCACCCCUGCUCGACCGAGCAGUUGCAAGAGAUGGCUGACGGCCAUCUUAGUCUGCGGCCCGCUUGGCAGAUGGACUGGAUGCCACCAGCCGAUUGGGCUGAGCGCUGGCGUGCACAGUGCAAAUUUCAGCCGGUGGCCGGCCCAUGUUCGACGCCCACGCCAAACGCGGCACUUCUGUACGACGUACUGCGUCUCUGGGCUGCUGCACUCUCCCGCUUGCUCACGCGCAAGCCCAGCGCACUUGAUGACCUGCAUCAGGAAGAGAUCAUCAAAUCACUGAUAGCCGACGUGGAAAGUCCAGAACAUAACUAUACCGGACUCACAGGACAGUUCGCAUGGAGCAACGGCGCACGAACGGUGCCACUGCGGUUGUUGCAGUGGAACAAUAGCACGCAGGCGUAUGCUGCAGUCGGUGAUUGGACAAGCACAUUAAAACUGACGCCAAAUGCGAUCCGCUGGCGGACGCCGGACGGUUUACCUCCUAACGACGGCGUAGAGCCUUGCGCAUUGCAGCCACUAGCGGACGCUCUACGAGCUGACUGUCGCGUUGCACUAGGAACGCUUCUAGCACUUCUACUGGCUGGGCUUGCAGCCGCACUCGGCGGCGCUGGGUGGCUUCUUAAAAGACGCCUAGAAACACGCUACCGCGCUCGCUUAGCUGCCCUCGGCUUGUCCACACUAGCACCUAAACUGGACGCGCUCGACCGCUGGGAACUACCACGAGAGCGUGUCGUUAUCAACCGCAAGCUCGGCGUCGGCGCGUUCGGUACAGUAUACGGCGGGCAUGCAUUACUAACUGAACGACGCGCUUGGACCGCCGUCGCCGUCAAAACGCUUAAGCCCGGCGCUGGCAUGGCAGAAAAACUAGACUUUCUUGCUGAAGCUGAAGCUAUGAAGAGGCUUGAACAUCCCAAUGUUGUGAAACUACUAGGUGUAGUCACGCACUCGGAACCAGUGUGCACUGUUAUGGAGUUUAUGUUAUAUGGAGAUUUGAAGGGAUACCUGCUGGCGCGGCGGCAUCUGGUGGAAGAAGGAGGCGAAGCCGAGGAUGAGGUGUCUCCAACACGACUGACGGCUAUGGCUUUAGACGCGGCGCGUGCGCUCUCAUACCUCGCUCAACUCCGCUUCGUACAUCGUGACGUAGCUGCCCGCAACUGCCUGGUGUCGGCUCGGCGGCAGCUUAAGCUGGCUGACUUUGGCAUGGCGCGACCAGUGUGCGAGAGCGAUUACUACCGGUUCAGCCGCAAGGGUUUACUUCCCGUGCGCUGGAUGGCGCCCGAAUCUCUGUCUCGAGGCGUUUUCUCUCCUGCCUCAGACGUAUGGGCGCUCGGUGUUCUGCUGUACGAGAUUGUGACGUUUGGAGCCCUACCGUAUCAAGGGCUCGGUAACGCACAGGUGCUGGCACGCGUCACAAGAGGACGAUCGCUUCACCCACCGCCUGGAUUACAGCCCAACCUAGAGGGGCUGAUGAAGUCCUGCUGGCAGCAAGAGCCAGCGGCACGUCCAAGCGCGGCGGCAGUAGCCGCUUUCCUAGCUGACGCCCCGCGGCUGCUGACGCCGUGUCUUGUCGCGUUCGACGUUCUGCCGCUCGACCCGCCGCGGCCAUCUGAACACUCUGAACACGAGGACCUACAAGAACGCUGGGUGUCGUGGGCGGCGCCGCCGUCCGCCGCCACCGACACAACGUACCUCAGCGCCGACGCCGACGCCGACACGGAGCCAGACUCGCCCGGCGCCGACGUGCCCGUCGAAACGCAGCGGUUUCUUCCUUGACAUAUCAUGAGAUUCAUGAGGCUGUUGCAUAAAAGCUUACAAGCUAAUUCUAUAAAGAUAAAUGUCGAAAUGUUCGAAAUGCCCAAUAGAUGACGCCCUACUGUCACCCCUAUAGGGAAUAUUACUUCAAUGUUCUGCCACCAGAGUGCAGCAGUAGCCCGUUUAGUAAACCAUAGAGUAGCUUAUACAUACUGUGCCUUUAACAGUUUUUUGACUUUUCAGAGAUAAUAAAAUAUGCCAUUGCAUUGAUGCACCAUGGCGGAUUGUUUGCAGAGAACCUACCGGGAAACGCGAAUACGAAAUUUCCUUAUCUGCCUCUUUAUCGCUCGAAUAUGCAAGAGUGACAGAGAUGUUAGAUAACGAAAUUUCGAUUUUUUUUUUGUUUUGUGAUAGACCCUCAGAUUGUGGUAGUGGUGCCCCCUGCGCACAGUUUCGCGUAAUAUUCCCUAUUGGCAAAUGACUGCCAAAAUACAGACUAUGAAACAACCUGUAUACUUACGUUUUUUUCGUAUAGUAAUGUUUAUUUAGGUACCUAGACGCCGGCAACGCACUUGUAACCCCGUAUUUGUGUCGCAAGUGUCCAUUUACGAGUAAUUGGCGACUGCGAUUGCUUCGGGCAAACUCGGCUCUGUUCGGUUUAGCAUUGCUCCGAGCAUAAGCAUAAAAAUUUCAGGUCUGGCUCCGAGCAAUUAUUAGGGUUAGUAAAAAUCGUGAAAGUUUAAAUCAAUUAUUAGGGUUGACAAAACUUGACGUGCACGACCAAUGUAGGCCGAGCACAUGAUUGGCGCGACAGUAUCUCGCCACGAGAUAGACUACCCGUCCUUUACUAACUAUAUGAAUUAAAGAGGGACGGGUAGUCUAUGUCGCGGCGAGAUACUCUCGCGCCAAUCAUGUGCUAGCCCGGCUGAUAAGAUAAUGACUUGAAUGUUGACAACUGACAUGUUGACUUGAAUGUAGAAAGGGACAGCAUGAUUCGACCCUGAACCGCUGUCACUUUUUUUAUUUUUUAUUUGGGCGACUCGUUUGCCUAAUAUGACAUAAAAAAUAUUUUUAUAUUAUUGCGCGAUACAAAUAGCGGAGUUAAUGCCGUAAGGCAUUCUCUACCCCAGUCUUGCGGGUUAGAUAAGUCUGUUGCGUAUAUUGUCUGGUACCUAAUGUUCUCUAUUAUGUAUUGUAAAGCCAAUAGCAUAAAACAAGCACUAGAAUGUAGAGGACACUACGAAAGACAGAACUAGAAAAAUAAAAGAAGAAGUAAACAGAAGUAGAGAAAGAGAACGCGAUACUGGUAGAAGUCUGAUAUAGGUUUUUCAUACACGUCGUUAUAGUUUUGACCAAAAAUUGAGUAAAUAUGAUAAAACAAUUAUGCAAUAGGCUCAUGAUAGCUAAUUAUCACACGGUAAAGAAAAUAUUUGAAAAGAUACACAUCCGUCGUUUUUAUCGAGAACUGUGGAGAGAAUAUUUUUAUCAAUAAACGAUAAGGUAAACGUCCCAGCGUUUGACAGGCAAAUUUUUUUCACCUCAAUGCAUGUAAAUGAGAUGACAACAGGAUGACAAUUAUUAGGGCAGUGACAAACACUGGGACGAUUGCGUUGCGUUACUUGCGUUGGUUUUGUAAGGGUAUUUGGGCUACCUAUUACUCAAAUGGGUUAGCUUUAUGGGUUUAGAAGCGAAAUGAAAUGGUUUCUGGCAAAGGGUAUGAUGAGUUAAGCCUUAUGCAAAACCCUUACAAAACCUCUGUAAGGGAUAGCGGGCUGGUCCCUGGUAACCACUAUAGGCUACACUAUACAUUCCAUCGUCUAGUCAAUUACGUUAUGUAAUUAGUUAACUAUUUAUAAUAAGUAAAAUAAUGAUCUUGUAAAUAUAUAAAAAUAAGUUUUAAUUUAUCAAAUA